AUGAAUGAACUACGGGCAUUCCUUCUUGUAGCAGAAGAUGAUGGACAAGAGGCAGCUAGGCUAGCUAAAAUUACUGCACAGAAGCUUGACACAAAACAGGCAACGUUAACAAAGGUUGUACAAGGGCUUAGCGAAUAUAUUAGCGAUGAGAGUCCCUCUAUACGGGGGAAAGCUAUGUCCUAUUUAACUGCCGUAAUUCAAGCAUUGCCGUCCGGCUUUCUCUCACAGCAACAAAUAGAAGCCUUAACUGUUUUCUAUUGUGAGCGGAUCGAAGAUGACGGCGCUAUUUGUGGACUGGAAUCAUUACAAGAUUCUAGCCGCUUUACUAAGAACAUGGCAAAAUUAGUUGCCCGAGGUCUUUUUAAAAACACUGAGUAUUUUCAUUCCCGUCUACGGUCUCAGCGAUUUCAAGUUCUGCAGAUACUCAAUAGUCUAAUGAUCGGCUAUCGAGAAGCUCUUCUAGACAUGUCGGAUGAAUCCCUUGUGGGUAUAAUUGAGCUUGUGAACGGAGAGAGAGAUCCUAGAAACCUUAUGCUCGUAUUUUCUAUCCUCAAAGUCGUGAUUGUGGAGUGGGACAUAUCCCAUCACGUUCAGGUCCUAUUUGAUUCCGUAUUCAGAUAUUUUCCUGUGACUUUUCGAUCUCACCAAGGUGAUUCGUUUCAGAUGACGGCACAGGAUUUAAAGAACCGGCUACAGGACUGCAUUUCCUCCAACCAAUCUUUUGCUUCGCUAGCAUUCCCAUCAUUGCUUGAUAAACUUGAUGCCACCUCUUUGAACGUAAAAGUAAGAUUCCCAACUCUUACACUUGAACUUUCUGACAAUCAACAGAAAGAUGCAUUGAACGCCCUUUGUGCGUGCAUAUCGUCAUAUGAGCCUGCGGUUAUAGCGGAGUAUUCCAUAACAAUAUGGGAUUCUUUAAGAUUCGAGAUUUUCAAUGCGCAGGAUAAUGUAUUUGCUGAAGAGUCAUUGCAAACUCUCAAACUACUGGCGAGACGGUUGUCCGUUGACGUUCAUGGCAUAUUGAAACAAUCGUCAUUGGCUCAGUAUCUGAACCCAAUAUUAAGAGAAUGUAAGGAUCAGCUGCAAGAACCUCAACAAAAACAAGCAAUGCCAGCUCAGCGGGUACUGGCCUCACUCUCCUCUGCUUCUGCUGCGGCGUUUACAUUAAUUUCACAAUCCGUAAUCCCUUGCCUGUUCGUGCGAUAUAAAAAUUUCAAAAGCCCUGAAAGGAUACAUCUGCUCGAGACGCUCGUUGAUCUAUUAGACUCUGCUGUUGUUCUCUUCGGCUCUUGGGAAACCAUCGGGAUCGAUACAGCAUUUACCAAUCCUCUUUUGGAUUAUAAAAUCAACCUCGUCGAAAUAUUCACCAAUGCCCUAGCAGGAUCUGAAAGAGCAGAGUUAUCUAUGCGUACAGUCGCCAUUUCUGGAAUGCUGCACCUUUCACUGCUUCGAGACUUUCUCAACAAUAAUGAAGUCAGGUUGUAUGUGCAGAAGCUUGAUGAUAUUCUACUUGUUGAACAACUUCCCGGUAGUCGGCUCAAGGAAUGCGUCAUCGAAGCUCUCACAGAGAUCUCAAAAUACAAGCCCACCCUUAUCCUUGAUAUAACAAUUCCGGCCUUCAUGUCCAACCUACCGGAGUGCGAUAACGACUUUGGCCUCGGUUGCCUUGACAUCCUGGAUAAUCUAGCACAAAUCAGGGUCGAAGGAGAUGUUUUGUAUAUUCUCAUCCGCCAUCUGUUGGGCAAACUUGAGAUGUUCGUGACAUGCCGCAAGGGCAUGGGUAACGAUGUUCAUUUCAGCCUAUAUUAUGACCAGAUUGUACGCCAUCUAUGCGAAAGGGCUGUUUUCACAGCGAUGAUUGGAAGCCAGGCUUCAUUUCUAAACACUCCGACUGCUCUUAACAGCCUAGGCCGUCUAUGCCGACUCAUUGUUCGACCAAUUCCCCGCGACAAAUAUCAAGAGGUAUGCCGAAACGUAUAUUACUUAUAUUCGAGUCAGUGUGGUUUUACCCCUGUUCCAUAUUCGCUUGAUCCGCCAGAAUCUUUACGACGCACUAUGAUCCUGUCGACAUAUCUUUUAGCCGGCCUGCCCAAAGAAUCCAUAACUACUUUUAAUGCCACCUACGACAUGGCGAAGCUGGUAGCAAACCUUACGCAACUCGCGAUCUCCGAAAGUGUUUCUUCUAUCCAAUCCACUCUUGUCCGUCAGUUGGCGCUCCUUGUCAACAAAUUUCUUCCUCCAUCUGAUUUGAAUAUGGUUUCUGACAUCUUGUUUGCUUUGAUGCCAUCUUCUAAACCAGGUGGAGCGGUCACAAUACAGCGAUUAAGGACAAUUUUCUGGAUAUCCAAGGCUCUGAUACUUCGACUUUGUUCUGCCACUACCGGUAUUCUUUCAUCACUUGUAAUGUUGCUCUCACACCCGGACUUGUCGGUACGAGAAGCAUCUGCAAACGGAUUUAGUUUGUUGUUGAGUUUCGACGAUAUUUUAUCUGUCGAUGAUGGUGCCAACGUUCGUCUACUCACCAAGCAACGUGUCCUUAAUAUAAUUAUACCAUUAAUUUCCCACAAAAUGCAGGAGAUAACCGCCCGAAACAAGGUAGGUUUUUCUCAUGAGCGGGAUCAGGGGAAGCAAGCAUAUUUCAGCGCCCUCGCCGGCAUCUUGUCCACCCUCCCUUCGUCUCUCAUACUGUCUGAGAUCUCCGCACUUAUGCCUCUUCUGCUUCAAGCUCUUGAUUCGAUAGGAGCUAAAUCCCAACAAAUCAAGGUGGCCACCCUUGAAACUCUUGGGACCAUAAUCCGCGAUACUGACCUCUACUAUCUGGAUAAAACUGGCUACCUAGAAGACUUAGUGAUAAGAUUGUUACGUGCCGCGACAAUUACAAAUUUCGAUAUUAAUGAAAGUGCACCCAAGAAGAAUAUGCUCAAUAGCUCAGAAGUACGCCUUAAAGCUACUCAGUGUAUCUACCUCCUUGUACUUCCACGAAUAUUCGAAAACUCGAACAUUAAUGAGAAUACGGAGCCAUCGCGGCUUCUACCUUUGCGAGGCCGUGUUAUGCAGUCGCUUAGAUCAAUUCUUGAUGACCCAAGGAGGGAUGUUCGCAAGGCUGCUGUGGAUGCCCAGUUACUGUGGCUGAAGCAUACUAAUGGUUCAUUGCGGAAUAUAGACUAA